AGAGGUGAGGCCGGAUGUGAGGCAAGCUGUGGCUUCCUCUCGGAUGCAUCUUUGCUUUAGUCGGGAAUUGGGUGGUGGCUGUUUGUAACCAAGUUGUAGCGGCGGAGAAGGUUGUUAUUGAGUUUACAUUUAGUAGAACUUUUUACAUUUUCUCCACGACUGCGCUUUUCUCCAGUCGGCUGUUACCGGCGGGGGGAGUGUAUAACCUAUCUGAAACAUGCAGGCCAUCAAGUGUGUGGUUGUUGGAGACGGGGCUGUAGGUAAAACUUGCCUCCUGAUCAGUUACACAACAAAUGCAUUUCCUGGCGAGUACAUCCCUACUGUCUUUGACAAUUACUCUGCAAAUGUGAUGGUUGAUGGGAAACCAGUCAAUCUUGGUUUAUGGGAUACAGCUGGACAAGAAGACUACGACAGACUUCGCCCUUUGUCAUAUCCACAGACUGAUGUGUUCUUAAUUUGCUUUUCACUUGUAAGCCCUGCAUCAUUUGAAAAUGUUCGUGCAAAGUGGUAUCCAGAAGUGCGACACCACUGUCCCAACACGCCCAUCAUACUUGUAGGCACAAAACUGGAUUUGCGGGAUGACAAAGACACUAUUGAAAAACUGAAAGAAAAGAAACUUACUCCAAUCACUUAUCCUCAAGGACUUGCCAUGGCAAAAGAGAUUGGUGCCGUGAAGUAUCUUGAAUGCUCUGCACUUACGCAACGAGGCCUUAAGACAGUGUUUGAUGAAGCUAUUCGAGCAGUUCUCUGCCCUCCUCCAGUCAAGAGAAAGAAGAGAAAGUGUCAGAUUUUCUAAACACUUCUGUUAGCUUUAUGCAGAACUCAAGAUCCCAUUCAGUAUGCCAAUCUUUUGUUGUAACUAGUAAUUCUUGCCUUUAUCCUAGUUUCAUUUCGUUAUGAACUUGUAAACGAUUAAGGCUUCUCUAAUAAUUUAACUCUUGAAAUUUUCUUGAAAGAGUAGUCUUUCUUGGGUUAUUGGCGUUCCAUUCGUUUACAGACUGUACUUAAAGCAUUGCCAAAAUCUCCUGUUUGACUUACAAAUAACAUUGACUGCACUACAAACAUGAAAUUGGAUUCUUACACACUGACCUUAAAAGAAGGAAAAAUAGAAAAGCUUAAGUUUUGCAGAUUUUACAUCUUACUUCGGAGAAUUUUUGUCACUGUUCACUACUUAGAAAUGUAUCCUAACAUGGUAUAUUGCAGUUAACAGUUUAACAGUUUACUGUUAGUUAUGAUUAUAUGAAAUUUACACUGUAUUCAUUGACUUUAAUGAGAUUUAUACUGAAUAAAUUGCUUUAUUGCUGUAUGGGUUGGGGGAAAUUGAAUCUAGCUGUUGCUGCUGCAGUUUAUAAUAAAAUUCCUGCUUAAAUGCUGAGGGUAUUUUUCUGUUCCCAGAGAGAUUUGAGUGCUUGGGAAUGAAUCAGUAUUUCAGAAGGAACAAGUAGCUGAUUUAAAAGAAAGGGAGACGCACUACAUUAUGUGCAUGCAUUAUUUUGCUACAUCUCUAGUUAAGCUCAAUAGUGAAUGAAUUGCUAAGUCACAGUAGAUCGAAGGUUGCGCAAGUGUCCUUCCCUGUCUACAUUUAAACUGUAUUGAAGCAAAGGGGCAUUCGUGAUGCAGAGUAUUUUGAACUAUUCAUUCCCGUGUCCUUUUUAACAUUAGUAACCUUUUUCUUGUCCUGUAGUACACCCUUUGUGUUUUGAAAGCUUUCUGGCACAUAUGCAGUUUUAGUUAGAAGUCCUUACCUUCAUUGUAGGAUGAUUUGUGUAGUACAUUUGUUGUAACCCUAACUUUAGGUGUAAAAAUCAUUUAAUAUUAAUCAUUUUUAAAAGUCAUUUAACAAUCACUUUGUAUUUACACGUUCAUUUAAGAGCCGCUUUGAACAGCACUACUAGAGCUAUAACACUGUAUUUUAAAUAAUUUUGUAGCAGUGUUCAUUAUCUCAAUAAAAAUUAUAUGUACUUGUCUGAUGCAUCAUAGAAUUCUUCAAGUUGUGUUAAUUACAAUGAAUGAUAAAUUCUGUGCUGUACAUAGCUGUUGGAGGAAAUAAUUUUAGAAAAUACAGUGCGAUUUCCUGGAAUUUAUAUUUUUUACAGCCUAUAAACCACUAAAGAGUAAAGCUAAAAUGUAGAAGUUCCAGGGAAAUUUAUGUAACCAGUGUUUUUACAUUGAAAUAUUUGCUAAUUAAUUUAGCAGUAUGUUUUGCAUGCAUCUUCAAAUAAAUCCUUUAAUCAUCUUUUUGUCUUUUGGGUAAUAUUUGACUAGACUUCCAUUUUUUGCACACCAUUUACAUUCCUUAAGGUAAGGUAGUAAUAUAUUUUUGUUUUUGACAUUUGCAUUCUUUGUUCAAAUUUUACUCCCAGUGGAAGCUGCCUGAUUUUGUUCAUGUGUAUUCUACAGUGAAAGUAAAAAAAAUUUGCUGAUUUGAGACAGUAGAAUUGUCGUUAAUGCAGAUGUUUGAUACAUAAUUUGUUAAAUCCUAUCAAAUAAAACCUCAGCAUGUA